ACCAGUAACCGCCCGAUCCCGGGCCGAUGCAAACGCGCGUGAACCCGGUUACGAAUCUAUUUUUACCGUAAAAAACGCACAGAAAAUACCGCGGUAAAAAAAACAUACGCCUUACUGUUAUAAUCAUGAAUAAAAUUGUAGCGAGAAACAUGUGAAUGGUCAUUAUUCAUUCGUAUAUUUGUUAAUUUGUAGUUUGGAAAUUGGACGCGAGCAUUUAGGGACUAAGGGACUCGUUCUAUGACAAUUUUCUCUGAAAUAAUUUCAUUUUGUAGAUUUACUAGUGUUUUUUUUUUCCUAAAUUAUAGUGUCCUGCUUAUGUGGUUGCGUGAUCAAAAAAACUGAAAUCCUGCCCUUCAUCCAUCCAUCGCUCAAAUCUGAACUGUCAAACUUCCCGCCAAAAUGAUCUGUCAAAAGGACCACAGCUAAAAAAAAAGUGAAGUGCUACGUUCGAAAACAAACGCUGGCAUACAGAUAGCAUUUGGCAAUUAGAAAAAAUAGUGUUCAAAAAUGAUUUUUAGAGAAUUAUAACUUUGGAAUUGGGUUAGGAGUAUAAUUAAAGAUGGCGACUCCGCCGGAAUCUCCCGUUGAGGAGCACGCUUACGAGUUGGAGCCUAGUCGGACGCCGAAACCGAUCCCAGUUGCUUUGGAAGAACUUUGCCGCCAAACGAAGUUUUCUAAACAGGAGAUCCGUGUCAUGUACAGAGGUUUUAAAACGGAGUGUCCUGAAGGAGUGGUUCAAGAAGAAUCCUUCAAGGAUAUUUACGCGAAGUUUUUCCCCCAUGGAAACUCAGCACUGUACGCCCAUUAUGUGUUCAAAGCUUUUGAUGUCAACUGCAGCGGUGCCAUCAGUUUCAGAGAGCUCCUAGUAACAUUGUCCACGUUACUCCGAGGGUCAGUCUACGAGCGUCUCCGCUGGGCUUUCCGACUCUAUGACGUGGAUGGUGACGGAGCUAUCACGAGGCAGGAGUUGGCUGAGGUGGUCGUGGCUGUUCACGAGCUGUUAGGCCGAAGGGCCCCACCAGGGUCACCGGCUGCGAGGCUUGAUGAUGCUAAGGCUAAUGAGCAGGUAGACCGCGUAUUCAGGAAGCUAGACCUGAACCAGGACGGAGUGAUCACCAUCGAGGAGUUCCUGGAGUCGUGCCUCAAGGAUGACGUCAUCACCAGGUCCCUGCAAAUGUUCGACACAGGACUAUGACGGCAAACUGAUGCGGCGCUCACGCCAACCCCCAACAGGACCGUAGCCAAGCGUCUUCGCGGCCGCAGCGUCCACCGUCGCUGCCAAUGCGGCCGAUCAGCCGGGCUGCUACGCGCGGCGGCUGACUGGCUGCGCCCGCGCCGCCUCUCGCCCUACAUAGCGGCCCUCGAUCACUUCUAUAGCCGUGUCGUCAGACCUCGUCUGAGAAGUGUGCUGUUGCUGCAGUUUUAACUUGAAGGUCAUUUUUGAAAGGAUUCGUGACUCUUAAGACGUAUAUAAAUGUCAUUUUUUAUCUCUGUUAUGUAUUAUUUUAAACCAAUCUGCCAAAUGCGUAAGAAUUUACAGAAAAUCUAAUUUAAAUUAGAUAUUUUGCCAAUGGCUAAUUUAUUACCCCCACACUCAGAGACAUUUAAUGAUUACUUAAAUCACUCCUCAGUGACGGAUUGUCAAAGAAAUCCUUCACUAAGGAAUGGCUUAAGUAACCAUGAAAUGUCUCUGAGUGUGUCCAUUUGGUAUUUUUUAUGGUAUGCUACAAAAAAAUAUAUUAUUUACAGUUAAUCACUGAUAAAUCUGAACUAGCAAAGUACAGAUGGCAGCACAAUCAACGUACCCCAAUCUGUCAAAUGUCUUUAAUAGAUUUUCAGCCUUACCACAAUAGUGGAAGGUAAAUGUUCGAUUGGGAAAAUUUUACAGAUUCGGGUAGGUUGACCUGCUGGCGUCUGUACCACAAAUAUGUUAAGGUAUCUAUCUAACUGAAAAGUGGUCUCAAAAAUGCAUGAUAUAUUAAAUUAACAGAAUUGUUAACUAGUAAUACAAGCCCUAAACUCAUAUUCUACCAUUGUUUUUAAAUCAUAUAUUUUUCCCAGAGUCGAAUCCUCUCAAAAAACAAUUAUGUAUAAUUUAAAAAUCAUCCCAAAACUAUUAAAUUAUUUAAAUUGUAAGCGUUACGUAGCAUCUUUAAUGCAUUGAUCCUUAGAUUUAAAAUUUUAAAAAGGAAAUAGAUUACCUAGAUUUAAAAAAAAAGAAAUUUUAAAAAAUCGUUUAAAAAACAUAA